AGUAUAUUUGUUGAUAUCUAAAUUCCAUAAGACAUACUUCAUGGCAGCCUCCUUUAUUUUAAAUUUAUCCUCAAAAUUUCAACUACCCAGUCAACAUUUGGGUUUAGUGAGACGCAACUGCCUCUCAAUUAAUUAUUAUAGAUAUGAAAUUGCUCCAUACAAAUCAUUGCGCACGCAUUCUGUAGAUUGUAGCUUGUUGAACUCAUGCUCUGAAAAACGGGCUGAGUUGAAAUCUCAUCUCUUGAGGCAUGUAAGGCCAAUGUUUUUAGGAACAAGUAUCUUCUUGCCACUAAGUGUACCAGGCUUGGUCUCCAAAGAAAAUACUGGCACUGCAUGGCAUGCUCCUCCCCUCAUGCAGUGCCUCAGUCUUCGCUGGAUGUCCAAGAGCAAGGGUGGGGGCAAAGGCAAGGGCAAGUCAGUGAUCCAUUUGACAGCAGAAGAAAUGUCCUCAGUGGUGAAUGAAAAGCAGCUGCUUCAGGAAAUGGACAGUCUUGUUGAAGACUUCCGGCAGCAACUUAUUUCUGCUGUUGCUGUCAGAACUAAUGUUGGCAGUUUGGAGGCGCUGCCAGUGGAGUUGGAAGGCGACACCUUUCCCCUAAGCGAGAUUGCUCAGGUGCACCGCAAAGGUCCUCACCUGGUAGUGCUCGACUGCUCUGCCUUCCCCCAGGCGACCAAGGGUGUUGUUGACGUCAUCCUCGCCUCUGGCAUGAAUCUCAGCCCCCAGCAAGAGGGCACCCGCAUCGCCGUGCCCCUCCCAAAAGUGACGCGUGAGCACCGGGAAGGACUGCUGCAGAAGGCUAAGGUGCUGGGACAGCGCUGCAAGGACGAGCUACGGCAACAACACAAUGCCUGCGUCAGGAAGGUUAAGAGCAAGGAGGGGCAGGUCUCAAGUGACCUCAUCUUCAAAGUCACGCUCAAGGUAAAGGAGCUACUGGACGAGCGCAUACGAACUGUGGACGAACUGCUGGCCGCUAAGCAGACAGAGCUGCUUAAACCCUAGCCCUCUGUAGACCUCUGCAGCCCACUGCCCCGCCCUCGGCAGCCCACUACCCCUCCAUCUGCAGCCCACUGCCCCUCCAUCUGCAGCCCACUGCCCCUCCAUCCGCAGCCCACUGCCCCUCCAUCUGC